AUGCUGCCAAAUCAUGCAGAACUGAUAAAUCGGAUCAUAGGAGAAUUCCAUGGAUCAAAAUUUGGUGCUCACGCGGGAACUACAAGAACUAUGGCCAGACUGAGUGCUCAAUUUUUCUGGCCUAAAAUGCGGGAAGAUAUAAGGAUGUUUGUGAAGGAAUGCUCUAUUUGCCAGCAAGCUAAAGUCAAUCAGUCUUUACCUGCUGACAAUUCGUGGGAAGCCAUUGAAGAAGUACAAAAAGCACACCCUUACUUCAACCUUGAGGACAAGGUUGCUAUUCAAGAUGGGAGUAUUGUCACGCGCAUAAAGUAUGACAGUAUUAAGGGGGGAGAAACGGUUGCACCUAGUGGCCACGUGUUAAACAAAGAUGAAGGCAUGAAAGGGACACAUGAGAGGAGAGGAAAUACUAAAUGGAGGGAUUUCAUUCAGGGAUAG